AUGUCGCAAGAUACUGGAUUGUUUAGUGUCAGGCGCCCGGGUCCUCGAGAGACUUUGGGAAGUGUCCAUAACUAUUCUGCUCUCCCACAGCCCUCAUCUGCUCUGAAGCGCACGAGCUCCGUCGGUUACAAUAAUCCCCCGUUAACGUCACAGAAUGCCCGCCGAACCUCCCUGUUGAACUCAGCUAGCAGGCCUCAGCAGCCGAACUUCGCUCGUGCUUCCUCUGGGGGGCCACUAGGUGCCGAUGCUGGCCUUUCGUCCGUUCGCCGUUCUAUGUCGACCAACUUGUUCCAUGGGGCUAGUGCGGGUCGACAAAGCUUUGCGCCUGGCUCUCUUCCAUCGAAUCCCGCGUCACAAAGUUUACAGCGCCGAAGCAGUGUCUUCUCCCGACCGUCCACGGGGGGACCCCAUGGCCACCAGUCUUUUUUCAAUCAAGUACCUGCCGUGGCGGGUGUCCCGCGAGACCCCCGACCGCUUCGAGAUCGGACUUUCCAAGCGCGCAUUGGACACGAGUUGUUAGAGUACUUGACUAAUAAUCAGUUUGAGUUGGAGAUGAAACAUUCUUUGGGUCAGAAUACCCUCCGUUCACCGACCCAAAAAGAUUUCAACUACAUCUUCCAGUGGCUGUACCAUCGUAUUGACCCGGGGUACAAAUUUCAAAAAGCCAUGGAUUCCGAAGUGCCCCCUAUCCUUAAGCAGUUGCGUUAUCCUUAUGAAAAGGGCAUUACCAAGUCACAAAUUGCAGCCGUCGGUGGCCAGAAUUGGUCAACAUUCCUUGGUAUGCUACAUUGGUUGAUGCAGUUGGCACAGAUGAUGGAGGGCUAUGUACAGGGACAAUACGACGAGGCUAGCGCAGAGGUUGGUGUUGAUGUUACAGGUGAUCGGAUUAUCUUUCGUUUUCUUACUGAGGCCUAUCACGACUGGCUUCAGGGUGGUGAGGACGAGGACGAUGAGACGGCAGAGCAGCGAUUGGUCCCGCACAUUGAAAAUAUGUCGCAAGAAUUUGCCCGUGGCAAUGAGCGUUUUGUACAGGAAAUGAAGGCGCUUGAAACAGAAAACCGAGCCCUUAGGGAACAGAUCGAAGAAAUGGAGAGGAACGCGCCCGACAUGGCUAAGCUAGAUAAGCACUUUCGAAUCUUGGAAGACGACAAGAGGAAAUUUGAAGAUUAUAAUCAGAACGUUAAGGGAAAGAUUGACAAAUAUGAGACUCGCAUCAAAAUUCUCGACGCCGAACUCCAGAAAACUGAUGACGACCUUCAAACAGUCGAGGCUGAGCGCGUUGAUCUCCAAGCUAGUGUGGAUCAACAGGGCAUCACCAUUCAAGAUAUUGAUCGCAUGAACUCCGAACGCGAGCGUCUUCAAAAGAGUCUUGAAGAUACAAUGGCUCGCCAGGAAGAGGCGCAUGCGCGGGUCAUGGAGAAAGAGUCGGAAGCCAGCCAAAAGCUGGAAGACUUGGAACAAAUUGUCAAGACCUACAAUACUCUUGGCUAUCAAGCCAGCUUGAUUCCCUCUUCCGCGGUAAACGCUAAGGGUCAAGAGUUCGAACUACAAUUGAUUGUCAACGAAAACAACUUUGCUACCAGCCAGAUUGGUGGUGGACCCAACCGAAUUCCGUCCGAGGGUGAUCGCCUAUUAGCAGAACCUUUCGUUGGAUAUCACCCGGCACAUCUACUAAAUCUCGACCUCCGAGGCUUUGUGCGCAACAACCUACAAUCUCUCCGUAAGGAAAUCAACGAGCGACGGAAAAGAGGGAUCGACGAUGACCUGGAGCGCCGCAAUCUACUUGAUAACAUUAAGGAGGCGAUGGACGAGAAGCGAAGUGAAGUCGAGGCAUUGGAACACCGACGCCGGGCAGCAGAAGCGGAGUUCGAACAAACCAAGGAAAUUACUACCACUCAGAAACUUGCUUCUGACGCUCAAAUUGAGAAAAUGGAAAAGGAGCUUGCCAAGAUGCGCGCCACCCUUAGUGAAAGUGUCCAAUUGAUGGAACAGCGCGAGAUGAAUACCAAUAUUGAACAUGAACAACUCACCUUACGGGCCAAUGCACUUCGAGAGGAAUUACACACUAAAGUGGAAACCAUGCUCAACGAUGUCAUCCAAUUCAAGCUUCACGUUCAGAAGAGCCUAGAAAACUAUGAGAGCUUUGUGGUUGAAGAGGUAGAGCAGGAGUUAGGAGGCGAAAUGGAACCAGAGGAGGAAGAAUUAUGA